AUGAUUGACUCCAAGACGGCGUACUGGAUCCAACCCCUUCCAUACGACGUCGACCAAGCGCCGCAGGCCGCGGCGGACGGCUGCACGUGGUAUGCAUGGCUGAUGAACCAGCUCCGGAGUUCGGGUAAGCCCGCCCAAGAGCUGGACCGAGACAGGUUUGUUCUUGAUUUCAGCUACAGGGACAGUGCCUCUGAUGGCCGUGCAAUGCGGGAUGUGUACUCGAUAUCCGUUCUGGUUGGGACUGAGUGA